AUGACGUCCAAGGAGAACAGCCCCGCGGUAGACCGUCCAGCCAAGCUGGAGGGCCGGGCAUUCUACGAGAGCAUCGGCAGUCCCAAGUUCAUUGUUGCGCCCAUGGUGGACCAGUCUGAAUUCGCCUGGCGCAUGCUCACCAGAAGUUUCAUUUCACCCACCGAACAAAAAAGCCUUCUCGCAUAUACGCCGAUGCUUCACGCCCGCCUCUAUUCGCAAGACGAGAAAUAUCGAAAGGCGCACUUCCAGGCUGUUAAAUCUGAUGGUGAAACUCCCUGGCUUGACGGAAACCCUUCCAUCGAUCGCCCGCUCUUCGUCCAAUUCUGCGCAAACGAUCCCGAUGCGCUGCUCUCUGCUGCUCAGCAAGUCGCACCUUACUGCGAUGCCGUCGAUCUGAACCUCGGAUGUCCUCAAGGUAUUGCGCGAAAGGGCAAAUACGGCGCUUUCCUUCAGGAGGAUCAAGAUCUUAUCUUUCGCUUGAUCAACAUCUUGCAUAAGGAGUUGCCUGUGCCUGUCACAGCCAAGAUUCGAAUUCUGGAUACCAAGGAGGAGACUCUGGCAUAUGCGCAAAAUGUCCUCAAGGCUGGCGCAUCUAUUCUCACUGUCCACGGACGAAAAAGAGAGCAGAAGGGUCAUCUGACAGGCUUGGCUGAGUGGCAGAUGAUUCGUUUUCUGAGGGACAGCCUACCCAAGGAAACAGUCAUCUUUGCGAAUGGAAACAUUCUUCAAGAGGGGGAUAUUGAGAAAUGUCUCGAGGCUACAGGGGCCGACGGCGUGAUGAGCGCCGAGGGCAACCUUAGCGACCCGGCUAUCUUCACAAAACCACCACCUGUUGGUGAAGAGGGAAGAGAAUACUGGCGAGGCAAGGAUGGAAAGGGAGGCUACAGAGUCGACGCCGUUUUCAGACGGUACAUGGAUAUUCUCCAUGAGCAUGUCUUUGGGAACAAGCCCCCUGAGCGACGACCACUAUUCAUGCCUGGCGACGAUACAGAGUGGAUGAAAGAAAGUGAGACUGUCGAAGAAGAGCCACCAUCCAAGAAGCGAAGAAAAGACCUGGGCAAGAAGGGAGAACAAGGCCCGAAUCUGGGGGCCAUGCAGCCUCAUCUCUUCCACCUUCUACGGCACUUUGUUUCCAAGCACACUGAUGUCCGAGAUAUGCUGGGUAAGAGCCGCGCAGGUGAUAUAGAAGCCUACGAACGUGUUCUCUCCGCAGUGGAGCGUAGAGUUGCAGAGGAGCUCCUCGAGUACGAGCGCACAAACGGUGAGAGCGUUGCGGAAACACCGCUGGCUGAAGAAGAAGAAGAUCCUCCAGAGACAGAGAGCUCAAAAGGCACAAAAAGACGCUGCAGGAGACCAGUUUGGGUCGUACAGCCAAUCAUCCGCCCACUGCCCAACGAGGCACUCAAGAAGGGGGCCUUGACUAUGAGCAAGAAGGAUAAGGCCAAAUCGCAGGAGAAGAAGCAAGAGGAGCAACAGGAAGAACAGGGCAAGAAGGAAGAUUUAAAAGCAAGGGAUGAAGGCGUUGCUGGAUAG